CGUGGCUUCGCCCUUCCACCCGUCGCUCUCGCCCUCCGUCCCUGUGUCGCCGCGCGCGGAGGGCGUUAUCUUCCCCUUCCUCCUGAUUCCUAUUCCCCUCCCUCCCCUCCUUUGAUUCUGCUGGAGAAACCAGUUCCUAUCCCCCAAAUCUCACCGAUUCCUGGCAAGCUCGUGCCCCGUGCCGGGGCUCCAGGCAGCGCUAACAUCCGCCCAUCCCGAGCCGGCGCCGUUGUCCCGCCGCCGGUGCCCAGCCCAGUUGUUUUUGUGUUUCAGGGGUGUAAACUUGCAAAUAUGACCCCUCAGGGACUGAUAGAAGACUGUGUUCAGUUGAUGUGAAUUUUCAUUCCAUUUGAGAUGGCGGUUGGAUUGACAUCUCAGCUGUUCCAAAGAGUGACUGCAACUGACAUAUUUAGCCAAAGGAACAAAUUUAGGAGCCCUGAGAUGAGGAGUUCUCUCCCCUUGUCAUCCACUUCGUUUCCUUCAGUUGCUGAUAGGCAAGAUUGUUGGGGACAUAAUGUAGUGGAGAGUACCUACAGGCCCAUGCUUUAUACGCCUCACAGAUAUAGAGCUUGGGGCUUUAGAUCCUUUGCCUUGCCAGUUUCUUUGCAGGAAAUUCCUCUUAUCAAGAGCACAUCUUUAGCACUAACUAGGUCAUGUGACACUUUACUUGCAAAUCCUGCUACUUCACUUGUGGUCCCUGCAAUCGGAAUUAUCAUGUUUACACUAUGGGGGUUUUUGCCACUAGUGCGGGAUAUUAGAAACCGUUUUGAUCAUGGAGGCAACUGGAAGAAGAGCCCUACGUACUUAAUUUCUACAUCCUACCUUCAACCUCUACUUCUCUGGACAGGAGCAACACUUAUCUGCAGGGGUUUGGAUCCAGUUGUGUUGCCUUCAGCAGCAAGCCAAGCUGUAAAAACGCGCCUGAUAACUUUUGUGAGAUCAUUAUCAACUGUCCUGGCUGUUGCAUAUAUUCUCACAAGCUUGAUUCAUCAGGUACAGAAAUUUCUCGUGGACAUGCGUAACCCCAAUGAUACAAGAAAUAUGGGAUUUGAUUUUACCAUGAAAGCUCUUUAUACUGGUAUUUGGAUUGCUGCUGUUUCUCUCUUUAUGGAGUUGCUGGGUUUCAAUACCCAGAAGUGGAUAACUGCUGGAGGUUUUGGGACAGUAUUGCUUACUCUUGCUGGUCGUGAGAUUUUCACUAACUUCCUCUCGAGUGUAAUGAUCAAUGCAACACGCCCAUUUGUAGUCAAUGAAUGGAUCAAUGCAAAGAUAGAUGGUGUUGAAUUCUCUGGUAUUGUUGAGCAUGUUGGUUGGUGGUCACCAACAAUCAUUAGAGGUGAUGAUCGAGAAGCCAUAUACAUUCCUAACCAUAAAUUUACUGUGUCUAUACUAAGGAAUAACACUCAGAGGACCCAUUGGCGUAUUAAGACCUAUCUUGCUAUAAGCCACAUGGAUGCUGGAAAAAUUGGGAUAAUUGUUGCAGACAUGAGGAAAGUGUUGGCAAAAAAUCCUCAUAUAGAACAACAGAAGCUGCAUAGGAGAGUAUUUUUUGAGAAAAUUGAUCCGAAAAAUCAAGCACUCAUGAUUUACAUAUCCUGUUUUGUAAAGACAUCGCAUUUUGAGGAGUAUCUCAAUGUCCAGGAAGCUGUUAUGUUGGAUCUUCUUAGAAUAGUUGGCCAUCACAAAGCAAGACUUGCUACCCAAAUUCGAACAGUUCAGAAAUCAUAUGGCAAUGCAGACUUUGAUAACAUUCCUUUUGGAGAGGAUAUGUAUAGCCGUGUCCGUGGUCGUCCACUUCUGAUUGAUACGUCUGCAAGAAUCAGUGAUGACAAGUCCAAGCCUCGACCGGUGUCAUCACAUGAGGAGCAGAAAGUCAAGACAAGUGGUUCGGUAGAGACCAAGGCAGUUUCACCUGAAAGUGCUAGUCUAAACAACUCUGAAAAGCAGGAACAGAAAAAAAUGGUACCUGAAGAUGGUCGGAUGAAGAACAGUAAGAAUGAUAAUGUGGUGCCAGUAACACCGUCUUCAGAUCCCGUUACAUCAACUUCUAGGACUGGUAAAGGGAAGACUCAUGAUCCUGAAACCACUGAGCGCCAAGGAGAUGGUUCAGUGUCGGUUGCUAACCCAAAGAAAGAAUCUAGACCUGCCUUUGAAGAUAACAUUGUUCUGGGCGUAGCUCUUGAGGGCUCCAAGAGGACGCUGCCUAUUGAAGAAGGAAUGAACCCUUAUCUAUCACUAUCUGAGACGGAGCAGGACACGGUAGAGGCUGCUUCAUCACCUAUGGAUAAGAAGAGUCAAAGCCCAAAACUUUCAGGUCAAGAGAAAGCUGACCAGAGAAAUAUCGAUAGGUGAUCCAAGUUCAGACUGAAUUUUUAUGAAAGAUUUGUCACCAAGCCUACCUUUUUUGUGCGCUUGUGCAAAUGCAAUCUGUCACACAGCUUUGUUCUAUGUUUAAGGUGUAAAUCGCUGCUGCUGAUCAUUCAGGGAACACAACCUGUUCAAAUAUAUCAUUCAUAUUGCUA